AGGAAGAAAAAGUGCCGAUUGCCGACGAUGACAUGUCGCGACGCGCGGUCGAGUCAGUGAGUGUGCAACGGUGUUGAUCACGGUGCUGGCGAUCAUCGACGGGCGUUUAGUAUGACGACUAGCUGACGGAUGUAUCUCUUCUCUAUCUCCUCACGGCGUCGGCGGGGUUGACGAUUGAGCGGACAGCGGAAGGAUGCUGGGUGGCGUGGGAGGUCGGCACGUGUCUACGCGUCGGCGUGGCAGCAAUCCGCUGGUGCGUGGAGGUGUGGGCCUCAUCGGGUAUGGUGCCACAUCCGGGACCAGCGGUGGUCUCGGAAACACCGAUGGAAAUGCGACGCAAUUGGAUGCGAUGCCCCGAUAUGCCGCUAGGAGACGGAGGGCUGUCACCACCAGCGAUCACAAGAGCUGUGCCCUUAUACAGACGCGGCUCAAGCUUGGCGAUAUUAUGUGAGUGAUCGUUUUCCCUCUUUGUUUUCUUACUUGAAGUUUUCUUUUAAUUAAUGCGUGAGCAGUCACCAGCACGUGAAGACAUUCAGGAAAUCUACGCGGA